AUGUCUAGCUGGUUAGCCCGUUUUUGCUCGGGGAGCAUCAGAAAAGUGGGAGUACGUUCUCUCCACGCGCAACCAUCGUUGCCCGGCUCGACUUCUGCCGCACUCUCUCUCAUACGGUCACAGCCUUUCCAGUACUUCGUCGCGUCCAUCGCAGGCCGCAAAUAUCUUCUUUCACCUCGUGACCUAUUAACCGUCCCGCAUCUCAAAGAUGUUAAAGUAGGCGACGUGAUUUCGCUAUCAAAUAUACACGAGCUGGGCUCUCGCGAGUACACCAUUCGUGGAAAUCCAGACAUACCUACCGACAAAGUUAAAGUGGAGGCAACUGUUGUGGAGCACACAAAGGGAAAGAUGGAAGUCGUCUUUAAGAAGAAGAGGAGAAAAGGCUACCAAAAAACCAUAAAAAACAAGCAUCCCUAUACGCGUCUACGUAUAGGACCUAUACAUAUUUCUGACGUAUCACAGUUAUCAUAG